AUGUCAUCCAUCACUAGUCCCAUCUUCAGGCCUUCUACGCCGGCAUGUGUAAUAGUGGAUGACAACAGGAAAACAAGCACUGCCAAGAAGUCCAAGUCCAAGUUCUCGGCCGUUUUGAGGUCCAAGGAAAUGCGUGAGGGAGAUGACUGGACGAGUGUCAAGGACCCAAAGCAGAAGAAGAGGAUCCAGAACCGGAUCGCUCAACGAACAUAUCGCCACCGCAUGAAGGCAAGGCUCGACGAGCUGCAAGCACGUCUCGAGGCCCACGAGGGCUAUCCGCACCGUCACCACCAACCUCCCCCUCACAUGUCCUCGACAGCAGACAGACUACAGAUGCCCUCUAUCGCAAUUGGAGACUCCCUCUCACCAGCCACGUCCACUACCGGCCACCCUCGCCACCCUCGCCACCCUCACCUUCACCAGUCAAUCCCGGUACAGCAGACUUCGGCAUCCCCCUCCCUCGACGCUCAGCUCAUGGCCGCCCAGCCCAGCUACUUCGAGACAGUCCCCCUCAGCGACGCCGAGGGCAGCCCGGCCUCUAUCGACCUAUCCGUCUUCGGCAGCCCCUCCCUAGCUCCCACCAACCCCUCCCCGCCUCCCGCCUCACACGGUCUCCUCUCCCCACAUUCCAUGGCAGAUACCCGCCCCGCCCUCAGACGAGAGGACUCGGCUCCUCCCAGAUCUAUGCUCGACUGCAUGAACUUCCAGUCGCAGCUCCUCGAGCGUCUCAAAAAUCUCCAGAGGGAGACUGGAUUCCCCGCCACCGCCGUCGCCCCGACUUCGGCCCCGUCCUCUACCACCACGGCCGCCGGUAGCGUGGAUCAGCGCCUCGAGCUCAUCACAGCCCAGGCCGAGGCAGCCGGCUUUGAAUCGUUCGACCACCUCGUCACCACCUACUACACGCAAAGGCCUGACCGCGCCUCCACUCUCGCCGACGAGCAGCGUUUCAGCCGUCACCGCCGCCUGCCCCAGGUCAUCUACGACAUGCACACCACGUCGCCGGGAUCCGUGUGGAACGGCUGGGAGCGUGAGAGCCUCCACGACGAUAUCCUGCGCACCGCAGGCGCCAUGCUUACUAGCGAGGGCUCCGACAUCAUGCAGUCGCUCGGUCCUGGAGUGAAUGCCCUGCUCGACGCCCAGAACAGCGGCGAUAUCGCCGCUUCGACAGAGGCCAAGGCAUCUAUGAAGAGGUCCAUUCAAGAAGAGCUUCCUAACCUCUGGACCCUGACCAUGUCUCUGGCCGCCGGCAGGCGUCACUCGUGGCAGUGGGAUCGCUCCAACACGGCCCUCGCCAUUUCUCUGCUCGUGAACUUCUCCGGCCACCUGUCCAACGAGCAGCUUCAGUGCCUCGUUGGAGCCUGCCUUUCGUGA